AUGUCAUAUGACGUCCUCCCACUCUAACCACACAUGCGCACCCCUGGGAAGUGCAGCACGAGGAGAGCCGGUAAUCAGUAUUCCUCAGAGGGGACAUCUACACUGAUCAUCAGGGCACUGAUGAUCAGUGCCCUGAUGAUCAGUGUAGCCCCAUCAGUGCCACCUGUCAGUGUCCAUCACUGCCACCUUUCAUUGCCCAUCAAUGCCUCCUGUCAGUGCCCAUCAGUGCACAUCAAUGCCACAUAUCAGUGCCCAUCUGAGCUGCCUUUCAGUGAAAACUAUCAGUGCCAGUCAAUGCCACCUAUCAGUGCCAGUCAGUGCCACCUAUGAGUGCUGCUAAUCAGUGCCACCUAUCAGUGCCCGUCAAUGCUGCUUAUCAGUGUGCAUCAGUG